UGUCUCAGCAGUUAAAUAACCUGGAAGAAAGUUUAAUAAGUGGUAAUGGUGAAGAAGAUGAUGUGGUUAGCUUGGAUGAGCAAGCAGUGGAUCAACUUUUGGAAGAAGAGAAAGGUAGUCAAAAACAAACUAAAACUAAAAUCAAUAAAAUGGGGAACGAAAAGAAAGCACAAAAUACUCAGGCCCGUUUCCAACCAAAUAUGGCAAGCACGCUUAUUGAAAACAAUCAAUACGCGCAAUUUGCUCAGAUUCCACCAGUUCAAGCUGGUUUUCCACCUUGCUUUCCUGGAUAUCCGAUUAAUCCACAACAGCAGCCAAUGAUGUAUAUGCCUUGCUACCAGUACCCACCUAAUAUGCAACCAAAUCCGGCACCCCAGAUUAAUGCUUUUGAAAGUUUAACGCAGGCACUUGUAUUAGGUAAGAUACCUGACUUGAAAGGAAAUGAGGGAAGUGAUGGGAUAAGGAAAUUCUUCAAGAAGUUUGACGUUGCUUCAGAAAGUUGGUCAGAAAAGAAACGUAUUACGUUACUGGAGUCUAAACUUUGUGGUAGAGCAGAGCGAGCUUUUAACGCUGCUGUAAAUUCAGAACCCUAUCGUUACG